AACCUCAUUCCUCAGAUCGCAGCUAAGUCAGAGCAUUGAUUGAGUAGGAAAUCCUUCUCCGAAGGACUUUCUCUUUCAUUGUAAUACCCAGACUUCAAGAGAACCUCAGACACAGCUUUACUGCAUUUAAGAUUUGCUUUCUGGGUGUCCCUCCACCCCCACGCUUGUUUUGUUAGACACCAAUGCAUUGUUUCUGUUUCUGGAAAGUCCCACUCUUGCAGUGAAGAGAUGAGUGCUACAUUGCAAACACCCCCAGGGCUCCACGUGGUUUUUACUCCUGACAUGGGGGUUUGAUGCUGAAGUGGGACUGUCAAGUGUCCUUUCAUUGGAUUGAUUCUGGAAACCACUGUUCUGCUCUGUUCCCAUGGGCUGCUUCCUGACUAAGAGGUCACUCUUGACCUGAUCACCCGCUGGGUUCAGCUGCCACUGACCGCUUCACAUCUGACUCUGGACGACCCCACUCCAAAUCCACUGUCUUUCCUCUGAGUAUUUCAGGUGGGAUCUAUGCCCUUUCAGCUUCUGCUGGUACACAGUCAUCGUUGGCCAUGAGGCUUAUUAUGCCUGGGAGCAGCUCUGCAUCUCUGUGCCUCCUUGGAGUUCUGUCCUCGCUCCUGGGCCCGGCCAGCCUCCUUGGUUGCAGUUCCCCUCCCAAGAUUGAGCAUGGACACUACAAGGACAUUAGUGAACUUCUGUCCAUCACCACUGUGGUACAGUAUGAAUGCAAAGAAGGCUAUGUUCUGGUGGGAGCAGCCACAAUGUCCUGCAGGUUCUCAUAUUGGUCAUCUCCGGCUCCUCAGUGUAAAGCUCUGUGUGCAAAACCAAAGAUACUCAAUGGAAAGCUGUCUGUGGAGAAGGAUCAGUAUGUCAACCCUGAAACCAUCACCGUCCUGUGUGACCCUGGCUAUCGGAUGGUUGGAUCACAGAAGAUCUCCUGCUCAGAGAAUAAAUCUUGGAACCCUCCUGUGCCCAAGUGUGAACAGGAAAUCCCUGAAGAUCGUGAUGUGGUGCUGGCAGGCAGGAAGUUCUUACAGUGUCUUCCAACUCCCAGAGACUCCAAAAUGGCCCUGGAGUUACAUAAACUUUCUCUGCAAAUUGAAAAACUGAAGCAAGACAGAGACAAGGAGAAACUUACUUAACUAUACUUGCACUCCUUUUUGCAAGAAAACAGAGGACAGAUUUGCUUUUCUGUACCAUUCUAGAGAGAGAAAAAUGUCAGUUUAUUGACUCUACCUAAGCCUCAUCAUUUUUUGCAAUAAGUCAUUGGGAAAAAUUUGCUGAUGGGCAUAGUGAUGGAAUGUGGAAUUAUUAAUAAUUUACAUUGUUAUCUCUCUGCUUAACAUGAGACAUUUCUGGGUUUGCUGAGCUGGCUGAAAUAACUAUCUACCUUUAAGUUUCCUUUUGAAAAUCUGUGUUAUACAAUAUCUGUACCUAUCUACCUAUAAAUGCCCAAAUACCUAUGAAACCUAUCAUAAUAUGUAUGCCUUGAACCAGUUCAUUUCCUA